CCAACAUAUACUGUUGGAUAUCCAAUGGAUAUCCGCAAUUGGACUUCGAUAUCGGGAUGAUAUCCAACAUCCGCAAUUUGCGGACUUGGAUGUGGUGACUACAUCCAAGUCGUACGAUAUGCCGCAGCCUAAGCAUGAUGCUAACAUUUCUUGUUCUAACUUAUAGGCAGCGUGUGGUUACAAGCGUGAAAAACAAAAACCGUCAAGAGAAAGGCAGUGGCGCAAACAAGAACCCCUUCAAGCCAUUAAAACAGGGUGUCAAGCAGCCUCCAGCAGCAAACCAAUGGAGUAACAACCAGCAAUACACAUCGCCAGAGGAAUUCCCGUUUGCGUCGAGUCUUCAAGGUGGAAGAGGAGCAUAUCUUUUCCCUGCUAUUGGCGCAUCCCAGAGUUCUCAAGGAGCUUCCAUGACAAACCUGUACAGGGAUUACAGUAUCGACACAUAUGACCCGAGUUGCGGCAAUGAAGAUGAUACCUGGUAUGAGAUCACAGGGUUCACUGGCGAUCUUGGACCACACUGCAAGGCGUUUAACAGCAACGACAAGAGUGUUUGCAGUAAGAGCAGCCCGGGCGAUUGGGGCUUUGAUGUCGCCGACUACGCAUAUGAGUAUGAUGGAACCAACUUCAACUAUGUUGGGAAGUAAAUGUGAGAACUCAUGGCGUUGAAAUGGUAUAUUAUAGGCACUUUCUUUACUUGGCGUUUAGCGUGGCGUUUAAUGGAAAAUGAACCAUUUUCCUGUAUUUGAAGCUAUCUUUUAAUUUGAACGUCAUUUCUUUUAUAUAAUCUGCAUCGCAAAUGUAC